AAUAGUCACAACAAUAUAGUUUUCAGCAAUCAUAGUACUGUCCAAAGGAUACUUUUAAAUUGGAAGAAACAGAACCAACUCUAUGAAGUUAGGCACAAGAGGCAUUGUCACAACAUAUUGUUCAACCAAUGGACUUGUUUCAUAUUAUAUCAUGCUUCUUAUGAAUUCUGUGACUUGUGUGUAUUCCGUGCGGAGAUGCUUGUGAACUUGGACAUGCCAUGGUUUAUCCUUGGUCACUCUGAAAGGAGGGCACUCCUCAAUGAAUCAAACGAGUUCUUCGGAGACAAGGUUGCCUAUGCACUUGCUCAGGGUUUGAAAGUGAUUGCUUGUGUUGGUGAGACUCUUGAGCAGCGAGAGGCUGGGUCGACCAUGGAUGUUGUGGCUGCCCAGACUAAAGCUAUUGCUGGUAUGUAUAUUGUCAAACACUUUUAUCUCUUUUUGCUGUUUUAGUUUGUUCUCUUUGACACUGUGAGCCUGUUAUCAUGAUAUUAGUUCUCGUUUCUACUCGCUCUACGUGCAUAGCUACUUUAGUAAGGCAAUACAUGGUGACUUUAACUUAUCCAUACACUGCAUUUACUAUACUUUGUUAAUAUUUAUUUCCAAAUAAAUAUUUUACUGCCCAUUUUCUUACAAAGAACUUCUCUUUGUUGGUAAUGGCAGAUCGGUGUCGAACUGGUCAAAUGUUGUCAUAGACUAUGGACCAGUGCUGACCAUUUGAACCGGAAGCUACCCCAGCUCAAGCUCAGGAAGUAAGUUAUUAUCUAUGCGUGUGAGCAGUGAAGCGUUAUUGCUUAUUGAUAUGAAAACCAAUACUCUCUCUCUCUCUCUCUCUCUCUCUCUCUCUCUCUCUCUCUCUCUCUCUCUCUCUCUCUCUCUCUCUCUCUCUCUCUCUCUCUCUCUCUCUCUCUCUCUCUCUCUCUCUCUCUCUCUCUCUCCUCUCUCUCUCUCUCUCUCCCUCUCUCCCUCCUUAUGUACAUGAUGAGCUAAGGAAAUGGCUUGCAAAGAACGUGGGUGAGGAUGUCGCUGCUACAACCCACAUCAUUUAUGGAGGUAAAUAGUACUUUUAUUUGAUCUAAAUGGCAUCAUAAAGUUUUUUUGAUACUUAGCUUGAUUAUGCAAAUAAAUUAUCAGGAUCAGUGAAUAGUGGUAACUGUCAGGAGCUAGAUGGUCAGACCGAUGUGGAUGGUUUCUUGGUCGGUGGUGCUUCUCUAAAG